CAGCUCCCAGCCAACAUGACGCUUCCCCGCGAUGUUCAAGGUUUUCUGCCAGUUUUCCUCUUAUGGUCCAUUAUUUACAAGCCUUGUGUAUGCCAAAAUGGGAUGGAGAACGUGACAGACUACGUGGAUUCCACCUUCGAUUACAGCGGCAUUCCAGAGUUUUGUGACAAAGUGAACAACCACCAGUUCCGCCUGUGGUUCAUGUCUCCCUUUUUCUCCAUCACCAGCUUCACUGGACUGGUGGGGAACCUCCUGGUCAUCUUCACCUUCAUCUACUUUAACCGCCUAAAGACCAUGACAGACGUGUACCUGCUCAACUUGGCCUUUGCAGAUCUGUUUUUUGCGCUGUCGCUCCCUCUUUGGGCAGUCGGCUCCAUGGCCGAGUGGACGCUGGGCCUCGCCGCGUGCAAGAUCAUGCACACCGUUUACAAGGUCACGACUUACAGCAGCAUGUUCCUCCUGUGUUUUAUCAGCGUGGACCGCUACUUUGCUGUCGCCAAGGCGGUUUCCGCUCACCGCCUCCGCUCCCAAGCUGUGUUGUUCAGCAAGGCGUCAUCCAUCGCUGUCUGGGUCCUGUCUCUGAUCGUCUCCACGCCAGAAAUGAAAUACACCAAAGUCAUCAACAACAGCUGUAGCCCCUUCUCCAGUUAUUCAGAUCCACUUCGCUUGGACCUCCAGACGAGCCAGCUUGUUCUGGCGUUUGUGCUGCCGCUAUUGGUAAUGAGCUUCUGUUACAGUAGAAUAGUCCGCACCCUCUGCCAGACUCACAACUUUGAGCGCAACAAGGCAGUCAAAGUGAUUCUGGUUGUUGUUGUUGUCUUCGUGGUCUGCCAGGCGCCUUACAACGCGGUCUUGUUUUGGACCACAGUUGUCGUUGCAAAGGGAGGAACCGAAGACUGUGUAUAUGAGAAUAAUCUCCUCUACGCUACCGACAUCACUCAGUGUGUGGCCUUCCUCCGGUGCACCUUCAACCCGUUCGUCUAUGCUUUUAUCGGUGUUAAAUUUCGCCAUGACCUCGUCAGGCUAAUGAAGAAAUUGGGUUGCUUGAGCCAGGAGAGGUUCGUCAGCUAUACGUACAACAGGAAGAGCAGUUCCGCCUUAGAGACCGACACCACCACCACCUUCUGACCCUGAACUAAACCUCCACCUGCAAACAUGACCAUUUAAGGCUGACAUUACGCUGACAGGUGGUCUUCAGGGAAAAAUGAGUUAUGUAAGUCAGAACUUUACCUAAAUGAACCCACUGUAAGUUUGCAUGCAGAGCACACAUGAAAGACAAUAACGUAGUUAUUACUGUCGCUUUCAUUGGAGCUGAUCGUUUCGCAUGCUCAAGGACACAAUUCUCAAACCUAAUGACGGUCAUGACAAUAUUGGUGGGUGUCAUCAUUGGCUGAGCACACUGUACAUACUGUAGUUGUACAAAAAUUACGUUCCAUCCAUCCGUCCAUCCAUCUUUUACGGAUUAUCUGAGGUUGGGUCGCAGGGGCAGCAACCUAAGCAGGGAAGCCCAGACCCUCUCCCAGGCCACACCUGGGUGUUCCUCGAGGCCUUCUACCGGUCGAAUGUGCCCUGAACACACCCCCCACAGGGAGGCUUCCCACCUUAUCUCUAAUGGAGAGCUCAGUCACCCUAUGGAGAAAACUCCCCCGGACUCUUGUCCUUUUGGUCACUAUUCAAAGCUCAAGACCGUAGAUGAAGGUGAUGAAGGUUCUCGGCCACCCUUUCUGGCCGAGAACAGCAGGACCAGAUCAUCUGCAAAAAGCAGAGACCUAAAUUAAGUUUUUAAUGUAAUGGUGGGAAAUGCCGGACCCUGAGGACCACCUGGACUGUGCAUAACAGCAAUAUGAUCACAGCAUGUCAGAUGUUUUGGGUUGCUUUGCUUUCUCCUACCUUUCCUGGCUUUGCUCUGUCACGGUUUUCAAAAAUAUAUUACCAUCAUUUCCAUCUUAUAAGAUGCCACUUUUUUCAUGCUUUGAACCUUGCGGCUUGUAUCCCAUCUUCCAACAUUUUGUCUGCUUCAAAACACUUAUUUUGCACUUCAUGCACAGUAAAAUAGAAUGCACUUCAUAAAAAACAUCAUGAAAUGCAUUUGAGGCAGCGUUAAGUUAAUCCAGAACAAUCUUUAACUUUUGUUGAACAGUGUCAAAAAAUCCACUGUCACCAACGAGACAAAAGUGACACAGAGUGACAACAAAAAAGAAAGAGAGAGACUGACAAAGUGUGUGAUGAAGGAAUUACGAGGCUGUUUCUGACACUGAGGGAGGUGACAGUGAUGAAUGACUUUUCUACUAGG